AUGGCCCCAAGAGCGACAGCCCUUCGGCUCGUUGCCAAAAGGACGCUCACACCUUCAUUAUGCCAAACGAUGAAGAUGAGAUAUUCCACCGUCCCUCUGGCGUAUGAUCUUCACGAGCCGGCCAAGCCGUCGGUUGGUAACCCCAACAAGAACUCGCCUAUUGUUUUCAUGCACGGGUUGUUUGGGUCGAAGAAGAAUAACAGAACGAUAAGUAAAGUCCUCGCCCGUGACCUAGGCCGCUCCGUCUACGCCAUUGACCUCCGCAACCACGGGGACUCCCCCCACGACCCCCACCACAACUACACCGCCAUGGCCGCCGACGUAGGCGACUUUAUCAAGCAGCACGACCUCAAAGACCCUUGCCUGAUCGGCCACUCCAUGUUCGUCCCCCUCCCCCCUCCUUCCCCCAUUAUCUUACCAACCCCCUCUCCUCUCAGGGGCGCCAAAGCAGCAAUGACCCUCUCUCUCACCUCCCCCACCCUAAUCUCCUCCCUCAUCUCCGUCGACAACGCCCCCGUCGACGCCCGCCUUGAGUCCGACUUUGCCCGCUACAUCCGCGGCAUGAAAGAGAUCGAAUCCUCCGAGGUCACCAAACAAUCCCAAGCAGACUCCAUCCUCCAGUCCUACGAACCCUCCGUCACAAUCCGCCAGUUCCUCCUCGGAAACCUCCACCGUCCCCGCCACCCCGAGUCUCAGGUCCAAAAGUUCAAGGUUCCGCUGAGCAUCAUCGGGAAGGCGCUCGAUCACCUGGGUGACUUUCCCUUUAAAGAUCCCAGAGAGGUCAGGUUUGAGAAACCGGCGCUGUUUGUCAGGGGAACAAAGUCGAAAUAUGUCCCUGACGAGGUCAUCCCGCUGAUAGGCCAGUUUUUCCCCAGGUUUGAGCUGGUGGAUGUCGAGGCGGGCCAUUGGUUGAUUAGUGAGAAUCCCGAGGCGUUUAGGAGGGCGGUGGUGGAGUUUUUGAGUCCGAAGGAAUAG